AGCUCUCGGUUUUAUUCACCUGGUACAACCCUUGAAGGCUUAUUCCUUGCGCAGGCGCACUUUUUCAGUACCCUGACAUUCCGCCCCCACUUGCUUUCAUCCUGGCUAUGCGGCACUGAGGUUGGACAGUCUGGUCCCCGACCUCCUUGUUGAGGCUCCUCCUCGUUGCGGCGGCCUUGCCCAGCGACGCGGCUCUCGCGAGGCUUUCGGUCCUUGCUGCCGGGGCCGCACGGGCUCACGGGACGGCGGUGGCGGCGGCGUUGAGGAGGCCCGAGAUGGCGGCGGCCGGGGCAGUGGGGCGCUUGUCUGUGCUGGGGCUUCCGCGCGCUCAUGGCCGGGUUCUGCUAGGCGGAGCGAGGCCCGGGCCUCUCGUGCUGCGGCUGCCUCAGGCUGCCACAAUGUCAUCAUUCUCAAGUCUCUCGAGGGGCCGGAAGGUGGUACUAUCAGCCCUGGGCAUGCUGGCAGCAGGAGGUGCAGGGCUUGCUGUGGCCCUGCAUACUGCUGUAGGUGCCAGUGACCUAGAGUUGCACCCACCAAACUACCCCUGGUCUCACCGAGGCUACCUCUCCUCCUUGGACCAUAGCAGCAUUCGCCGGGGCUUCCAGGUAUAUAAGCAGGUGUGUUCUUCCUGCCACAGCAUGGACUACCUGGCUUAUCGCCAUUUAGUGGGUGUGUGCUACACUGAAUCAGAAGCCAAAGCCCUGGCAGAGGAGAUAGAGGUUCAGGAUGGCCCUAAUGAAGAUGGAGAAAUGUUCAUGAGGCCAGGGAAGCUUUCUGACUAUUUCCCCAAGCCCUAUGCCAACGCUGAGGCUGCUCGAGCUGCCAACAAUGGGGCAUUACCACCCGACCUUAGCUACAUCAUCCGAGCCAGGCAUGGCGGUGAGGAUUAUGUCUUUUCUCUGCUCACGGGAUACUGUGACCCACCUGCUGGAGUCUCCCUUCGAGAAGGCCUUUACUUCAAUGCCUACUUCCCUGGCCAGGCCAUUGCCAUGGCACCCCCUAUCUACAAUGAGAUCCUUGAAUAUGAUGAUGGCACACCAGCCACUCUGUCACAGUUAGCAAAGGACGUGUGUACCUUCUUGCGUUGGGCAUCUGAACCAGAGCAUGAUCAUCGCAAACUAAUGGGGCUCAAGAUGCUGCUAAUGUUUAGCUUGCUGAUCCCCCUCACCUACGCCAUGAAAAGGCACAAGUGGUCAGUGCUGAAGAGCCGAAAGCUGGCAUACCGGCCCCCCAAGUGAUCAUACCUUCAUGUGGACAUCUUCCCAUACCAUUGGGCUUAGUUCACCUUGGCCCUGCCUGGCACAUUUCGUCUAUCCUACAGGCAUGGUCAGCCUGGCCAUCAGGUGCAGCCUGGUCUGAUCAGUUCUCUUGGAUGGGCAAGAGUGGGGGUGGGGCAGAAGAACUGGCUUUGCCCCACCAGCACUGCCAGCCUCUCCUCUCUUCCACCAGAAAUAAAUUAAGUUUCUCAAUGUGA